AGCCAAUGCCCCAUGAUAAAUAGUUCUCAAUCUUAUCGUAUAUAUUUUAUCAAAAUAUUGUAGUCUGAUUAUCUUAUCAUCCCUGCAAUUAAAGAAAAAGCAAUGGCAGCAGAGCAAGUUUUCGCCAUGAAUAGUGGUGCCGGCAAAGCUAGCUAUGCAAACAACUCCUCACUUCAAGAAAUCGUGAUUUCCAAAGUAAAAGCCAUAAUAGAAGAGAAAGCCUUGGAGGUUUACUGUAAUACUCUCCCAGAAUGUAUGAGAAUAGCUGAGUUGGGUUGCUCUUCUGGGCCAACUGCUCUAACUGCUACAUCUUACAUUUUGGAUGUUGUUAUGUCCCACUGCUCGAGCCAAAUGAAUAAGAACAAGUCAUUGACAUUCCAAGUGUUCCUCAACGAUCUUCCUGGGAAUGAUUUUAACAACAUUUUUCAAUCACUUUCGAGCUUCUAUGAGAGGCUGAAAAUUCAUAAAAAAGGAGACUUAUUUGAUCCUUUUUGUUUUGUCAUGGCCAUGCCGGGAAGCUUCUAUGGAAGGCUUUUUCCUAAUAACUCCUUGCACUUAAUUCAUUCUUCUGUAGUUUGAAAUGGCUGUCUAAGGUUCCAAAGGGUUUGGUUAGCGAAACCGGUGAAGCUCACAACAAAAGAAAUAUUUAUAUUACAAUGACAAGCCCUAAUGUGGCUCUGGAAGCACAUUUGACUCAAUUUCAAAUGGACUUUACAACCUUUUUAAAGUGUCGUUCAAAGGAAAUGGUGAUUGGUGGUUGUAUGAUACUAACAAUAUUGGGAUGUAUUAUUAAUAAUGAUCCUAAACAUAUUUUGGAGAUAGUGGGUAGGGUGUUGAAUGACAUGGUCUCUGAGGGAAUAAUUGAAGAGGAAAGUGUGGAUUACUUCAAUAUACCAAUGUAUAGUCCAAAUGAGAAGGAAAUAAGAGAGGUGAUUGAAGAUGAUGGAUCAUUUUGGUUGCAUAAGCUGGAAGUUUACGAAAUUGCUUGGGACGCUGGUUUUAGCGAAGCAAAAGGCAAAACUAGUAAUAAUACAAACAUUAAUGACGAUGAUGACAUUGAUAAACACAGAAGAGGAGAAUUUGUUUGUGGUUACAUGAGAGCAGUUAUGGAGCCUAUUUUGACGAAGCAAUUUGGAGAAAGUGUCAUGGACGAUUUGUUUCAGCGGUUUACCCAAAAGGUCAUCGAAUCAAUUGCCAAUGAACAUUGGCAACAUGUAAACUUGAUUGUUUCUUUGACAAAGAAAUGACCAAGUUUAAACAUCGAAACAUCAAGUACUACUGUUGUUUUAUUUUCACGAUGGAUCAAUAUUUAUGCACUAAGAAUGUACAUUAAUGUUUUAAUUCAAUAAAUGUCUGUGUGUUAGUGUGUAUGCGUUUUUUGUAAUUUU